AUGGGUGUGUGCUGCAGCAAACCUAAGCACAGUAAUGUCGGGAAGCACACCAAGGCGAAGGAGCACGCCGCCGCAAACAGCAGCUUCAAGUCGAUGCAAAGCACUGCGCGACGCUUCCAACCGAUAGCCUUUGAUGUUGUCGUCCCUGAGGGCGCGAACACAACGGCUAUCUCCCCGCAUCGUGGCACCCGUGAUGCCGAUGGCGAGGUGAACAACUGCAGCGGAACUCUGUCCGACGCCAGCCUUCACACGAUGCGCGACACCAGCGUUGCCAUCGAGCGCAGUGGUAACAUCUACGACCCGAUGAGCGAGACACUCAACAACAUGAGCUUCACGAACAGCUUCCGUGCCGUGGACAGGACAGCAGUUCAGAAGUUCAUGAGAAAUGUGGCACGGCUCGCGGAGCGCAGCAACAACAAAGGGACUCUGCUGGAGGAGAGCAUGCUCAAUGCCAGCAUGGGGUUAGAAACCAGUGUGGCCAACCGGUCCAUACUGGGCGGUCCCAACACAAGCACCAUCCUACAGGAAGACCUCGACUACAUCGCUGCUGGCGCGACGCUGCCGGACCGCAUGGCGCGCCUGGAGGAGGUCGAGAGGUUGCUACGACGGUCCAUCGAGGGAUCCUGGAGUGUGGACUCGAUGUUGAUGCAACUGGCGUGCUGCCAAAUUGUCCCGACGCUGCGCCAGCGACGCCGUCCAUGGUCAGCCGGCAAGAGCGCCCCUCAGAAUCAGAGCACCGGCGCUCAGCGUAAAAGCAAGCGCCAGCCAGUACUUGUCAUUUAUGCUCAAGGGCUACAGAUGGAUGCAUCCAUUUCCAUGCCCCCCGCAUCCGUCACCCCCUCUCGUACCUCGCCUACUAUACCAAGCGAGUUACCAACGUUCAACGGGAUCGACGGCAAAGAGACCAGUGCCAACAACCCAUCGUUGGUGCUCAGCAGAUCGAGGUCUCGCUUGAGCGUGUCACCUGCUGGCACGAAGGUGCAGCAGUACGAAAUGCUGGCCCUGAUGUGCCGCGAUAUUGACCCUCACAAGGUCGACACCGCUUUGGUGGAAAAUGACACGUGGGACUUUCUCUCCGUGAAAAGUGCUACUGCCGCCCUCAACGAAGGUCGAUGCAUAUUCCGCUUCAUGUGCGGCUCCCUGGCAGAGGCGGAUAGCGAGACGAUGGGCAUCGUCGACGCCAUCAUCAACCUCAGCUCCUUCGCUGACGAGGUGACAGAGAACAACACGCCAAAAGUGGACGUCCACGACAGCAAGGACAUGACAAAGUACAUCGGCAUCCAUGUAAAGGCGAUGUACAUGCUGCCGGGCAUCAUGCUGAAGGAUAUCACGAAGAACCUGGUGGUGUCCACAGAGUACCAGAAGGCAUGCCAGCCUUCCGAGAACAAGGUUCAGGACUGCGAUAUCGAGGACACAUUCCGCCUCACCCUGACAGUCAUCCGCUUUGUCUUCAGUCUCACCAUUCAGUUCAAGGUGUCAGAGAUCACCGACCCGGCAGUGCUGCUGUCGCUCUCCGUGUGCGACGGGAUAGUCCCUGGCAAGGUGAUCAUGCUGGAGCGAACAAAGCGAAAUAUUGAGAAGGUUGACGCGACAGCAAAGGUGCGGUCUCUUUUGCUCUAUUACCCCGUCAACGAUGGCGUCUUGGUGAACAACCACACUGUCGUGCUCAACACGUCACUGCCAAAGGUCGUGUCAAAGAUUAUGAACACCUUCGGAUCGCACGGUGCGGCGCAGUCCGUACAGACAGCGAAGCUGACGCGCGAGUACCUGCUGAAGCGGUUCGGUGAUGCCCGAGCGAAGGAAUAG